AUGCCUUUCACUGCUUCUGAUAUCUGCAAGAUCCUCUUCGCGAUCAUCCUCCCUCCUUUGGGUGUUUUCCUUGAGCGGGGAUGCGGCGCUGAUCUCCUCAUCAACAUCUGUUUGACCAUCCUGGGUUGGAUUCCUGGUAUCAUUCACGCUCUGUACAUUAUAUUCAAGUACUAG